UACACUCCAGCGCUCCUGGUUUCACUCUUCGCUCAGCGGAGCCGCGGGAGAAGCCAGGCCCGACAUGACAGCGCUGGGACGGGAAAGGAAAGCUCGCCAGCAGCCGCGGUUGACCGUCCGGUCCGAGGCGGUGUGGGCUGCGGGUCGCUACGCCGUGCUGGCCGCCCUGUGCGCCCUGUGCUACAGUAACUCCCUCCGCGGGGAGUUGGUGCACGACGAUGUGUGGGCUAUCAUCAACAAUCCGGACGUCCGACCGGGCUCCAGCCUCAGAAACAUAUUCAGCAACGACUUCUGGGGGAAAAGGAUGGCGGACAAUACGAGCCACAAGUCCUACAGACCGCUGUGUAUCCUCACCUUCAAGUUGAACAUCCUGCUGGGCGGAAUGAUGCCUCUCUACUUCCACAUCGUCAACGUGUGUUUGCACUGCGCUGUAACCUGCCUGCUUAUGUACACCUGUGAAAGCUUUGUGUUUGAAGACUCACUUCUGGCAUUCGUCACAGCACUCCUCUUCGCUGUGCAUCCCGUCCACACUGAGGCCGUGUCUGGUAUUGUGGGCAGGGCUGAUGUCUUGGCCUGUCUGCUGUUCUUGCUGACGUUCCUCUCCUACAUCAGGAGUGUUGGUGUGUGUGUCUCUGAGGACUCUCUGCCCUCCACGGUGUCUGCUUGGUUCCUGCUCGUCAGUUUGUUGCUGGGCACCUGUGCCAUGCUGGUCAAGGAGACGGGCAUCACCGUGUUCGGAGUGUGCGUCCUCUACGACGCCCUGGUGCUGUGCCGCAAGCCUCUUGUCAAUCACCUGUCUGGCUCCAGAUUCAGGGACCUCCACCACAUCUGCAGCCCCUUCAUCAAACGAGCCUGCCUCAUCUCUGGCUAUGUGGUGAUCAUCAUGUCAGUUAGGCUGUGGCUGAUGGGGGGAUCCAUGCCCCUCUUCUCUGAACAGGACAACCCUGCCUCCUUCUCACCACACCUGCUCACCAGGAUUUUGACCUAUUCUUACCUACUGUCUUUCAAUGCUUGGCUGCUGCUGGCCCCCGUCAUGCUGUGUUACGACUGGCAGGUGGGCAGCAUUCCCCUGGUGGAGUCCCUGUGUGACAUGCGCCUCGGGGCCACGCUGCUGGCCGUCGUGAUGGUUGCUCUAAUCCUCCACUGCGUCUUCUCACUGCAGAGACAGGAGAGCAGACAGGUGUUGGUUGGAAUGUUGUUUCUGGUCUUCCCCUUCAUUCCUGCCAGUAACCUUUUCUUCAGGGUGGGAUUUGUUGUAGCGGAGAGGGUUCUCUACAUGCCAAG